AUGUUCCGCGGCCCGCUUUGUGACCUCGCCAAGCUUCCGGCGCGGAAGAGGAUGCUGGCUCGGCUAGCCUCGUCAGCAACACGACGAGGUACCUAUUUGUGUAGUCAGGCCUCUGCGGGCUGGGUCUUGGACUGGGGUCACGAACUCCGCACUGCAUGCAGUCUGUAUGCGGGAGUCCAAGAAAAACCCGAGGACCCCGAUCUCUGCUCCCCACCCACAUCACAGAUCGACAGACUUCCGACGGACUCGAGUAAAAGACCCCACCCACAGCUGCCCGACCAGCCCCAGCUGAGAAACUGGGUCGCCCUGGGCCGCGACCGUUCCAUAUCUUGGGCGCGAGUCGUGGUCGGUUCUGGCUACAUCCGGCAGCCGGGGACCUGUGCCGGCCCCUCGACGGUCAUCUCUCUCCCGCUACGGGACCUUGCACUGCCUCCCAAGCAGCACUGGACAUCCCGGCAAGACCUAACUAACAUCGAAGAAGCUCUUUGGACGACAGCGGGCGGCGUUGGCGCGAGGGCGGCCAGGACGCGGAAGGAGGAAGACAGCAGACGCGGGAUUCACGGGAUCCGCGCGUUCAUGGCAAUCAAGCGGAAGACGAUUGAAAGCCCUGAUAUCUCCAUACUGGCAGGGUCGUCGUUGAUUGGCUGCAAGUGGACGGAGUUGGCCGAGACACCACAGUGGUGGACCUUACUCAGUAGUUGGAGCAUACGCCAUCAUCAUUCUGCAUAG